UUAUGAAAGAAACGUCUCUGUGGUUCAACUUCCUCCAGCUAAUAAAAGGGCGUUGCCCAUUUUCAACUUCUCUGAAAGGUGUGGCGAUUUCGGGACCGCGUGAAAUUCCUCCUGUGACAUCACUCCAGUCCCCUCACUCAGUCAGAGGAUGAAGGUGAAUCCGUAGCUGAACUCUAGUGCUGAAGAAAUACAUGAUACUGAUACUGUGAGCUUUUACAUCUCCCCAGUUUGAGACUUCAACCACAACAAUGUCUGUCUGGGACGACUUGGACCUACUCUUAGACUCCCCCUCCUCCCUUACUGUGAAAUCCAGUGCAAGAGGAACUGUGAAGGACAAGGCCAACUUCAAAGUGGAAGAAGAUGUGUCUGCACUAAGGAAAGCCAUAGAGGGCGUUGGUACGACGGAAAAGACACUAAUUGAGGUGUUGACCCAAAGAAGUAAUGCUCAGCGUCAGCUUAUUGCCAAGGCCUACGAGAAAGCCACAGGCAGGAAAUUAGCAGCUGACCUGGAGGGCGACACCCACGGAGACUUUGAGGAUGUGUUGGUCGCUCUGGUAACCGCUCCUGACAUCUACGACUGUCAGGAAGUCAUCAAAGCCAUCAAGGGAGCCGGGACCACCGAGAGUACGCUGACAGAAAUCUUUGCCUCGAGAUCCAACAGACAGAUCAAGGCCUUGUCUGAAGCAUACCUCGCGAAAACUGGAAAAUUGCUGAUUCAUGAUCUGCAGUCGGAGGUAUCUGGAGAUUAUGGCAAAGCAUUGCUCAUCUUGGCUGAGGGGAAGAGGGACGAGAGCACCAAUGUGGAUACUGCCAAAGCUAAAGCAGAUGCUAAGGCCCUGUAUGAAGCAGGGGAGAAGAAGUGGGGAACUGACGAGGGGACAUUUAUUGACGUCUUGUGCCACAGGAGUAUUCCCCAGCUUCGACAGACUCUGGUAGAGUACAAGAAUAUUAGUAAGAAGACUCUACAGGAGAGCAUUGAGAGCGAGAUGUCUGGAAGCAUGGAGAGUCUACUGGUGGCUGUUGUUAAGUGUGUGAAGAAUGUUCCUGCAUACCUGGCUGAGAGGCUUUUCCGGAGCAUGAAGGGUGCAGGGACCACAGAGUCCACUCUGACCAGGAUAAUGGUCAGUCGCUCAGAGAUAGACCUGCUGGACAUCAGAGCAGAGUAUAAGAAGCUGUUUGGAUCUUCCAUCUACUCCGCGUUAGAGUCUGAAGUUUCGGGCAGUUAUGGCGACACCCUCAAGCGUCUAUGUGGCCAAGACGACUAACUGCUUCCAACUCCAGUGAUGAGCAACAUGUGGUGGGAAGAGUCGCAGCAAGAAGAGGACCACCGGUCACUUUCCAAUAGUAUUAUACAUUACAUUUGAAAUACCCAUGUAGAAAUGCUUAUGAAUGUGGAAUUCCAGUCAAGUUCAACCAGACCGUGCAGACUGAUUAACACACAAAUUUAAGAAGUGCAGACAUGAAAAUGUUGUUGAAUGCAUUUUUGAAUUUAUAAAAAUGUUUGUAUUCCAUGUGACUAACGCAAAUAAUUAAAUGUCCUAACUUUCACAAAAAUAAAUAUAAUUAAUACUCUA